UUUGGUAUUGAACAGUAACAUGAUUGUAUAAAUGAAUGUGAUGUGGGAUUGCCAGCAUAGAACAGCGGAGCCCCACCGCCCCGGGCUCCGUGGUGGAAAAAAAAAGAACGAUCUGCCGGGACGGAUCCGAAAUCCAACGUCUGCUAGACACACCAACUUUACACCUGAACUCCAAGUUCUCUUUUCGACCCUCAUUAAAUAAUACAUUUAAACUACAUAUUCGCGGGGUGCCAAUAGAACAAAGGGGAAAGAGAGAAAGAGAAAUGCUCCCACCAAGAUGCCAUCCCACGGCUUUCUCCUACCGGCUCACUUUACACAGCAUUUCAGCUCUUAAUCGCUCCGUUUUUGCUUCUAGGAUCAGGACGAAGCAACGCUCCCUGGUCACUCUGGCGAUUGAGACGUCGUGCGAUGACACGGCGGUGGCAGUACUGGAAAAGUCGGCGGGAGGGAGGACGAAGCUGCUCUUCAAUGAGCGGGUUUCGUCGGAUAACCGGGCGUUUAAGGGGAUUCAUCCGAUGGUGACGGUGGAGGGGCACAAUACAGCCCUGGGGCCGUUGGUAGAGAGGGCAUUGGAGAGUUUGAGGGAGAGUGAGGACGACGUUGAUGGUGCUGGUGCUGGUGCUUGCUCUUCUGGGGUGGCGAGCAAAGGAAGCAGCGCCGUUGUGACGGACGACAAGAAUAUCAAGAAGUGGGAGAAGAAGAUCAGGGUGCCUGAUUUUGUUUGUGCUACUCGCGGGCCGGGCAUCAUGACGAACCUGUCUGUGGGAUUGAACGUUGCAAAGGGGCUGGCGCUGGCGUGGGACGUUCCAUUUGUGGGAGUUCACCACAUGCAGGCGCAUGCCUUGACGCCGCGCCUGGUUGACGCCUUGGAGAGUGAACAAGGGCAAAAAGAGGUGCUAUUAACUUCAACUUCAACAUCAAGAUCUCCGCCACCCUCGCCAACCUUUCCCUUCCUCUCCCUUCUCGUCUCCGGCGGCCACACCCAACUCAUCCUCUCUACCACCCUCACCAACCACCGCAUCCUCGCCACAACCGGCGACAUCGCCAUCGGCAACCUCCUCGACCAAACCGCCCGCGUCAUCCUGCCGCCGGCCCUCCUCGAGUCCAGCCCGGAUGUCAUGUACGGCCGCUUGCUCGAGGCCUUUGCUUUCCCCCCUGGAGCAGAUACGCCUGCUGACUACGACGCAUUCUUCACGCCGGCUGCUUCUCGACAGGACGAGAUUCAGGAGGUUCCGUCUGGUUAUGGAUGGACUGUUCCGCUGCCGUUUCGUAAUUCGCGGAAGCUUGCGUAUUCGUUUUCUAGUAUUCACUCGCAUGUUCACAACAUUGCCGCCGCUGCAAACAACCGCAACACCAACAACAACCAUCAUGAACAUGAUCUCGACUCAUCCUCAUCCUCCUUUGACAACAUGCCCCUCGAAGAACGCCGUGCCCUCGCCCGCCACACCCUCCGCGCCGCCUUCCAGCACCUCGCCAGCCGCCUCAUCCUCGCCCUCCAAGACUCGCCCUCUCUCCAACCCUCCUCAUCCUCCUCCCCCGAAACCGAACUAAUCAAAACCAUCGUCGUGGCCGGCGGCGUCGCAAGCAACCGCUUCCUCAUGCACGUCCUGCGCACGACCCUCGCCGCGAGGGGCUUCGCCGACAUGCGCAUCGUCUCCCCGCCCCUGGAGCUGUGCACCGACAACGCCGCCAUGAUUGCCUGGGCCGGCAUGGAGAUGUUCGAGGCGGGAUACAGGACUGAGCUGUCUGUGCGGCCGAUUGCAAAGUGGCCCAUGGAUCCGGAUGUUGGAGGCGGAAUUCUGGGGGCUGGUGGGUGGACGAGAGAGGAGGAGUGAGAGAGUCGUGGCUCUAUGUAAAAUGAGAAACGGGCCAUCUGUUCGAGAUGAUGUUGAUGAUACCCCCCUUCAUGUCGAGAUGAGGAAGUUGGAUGUAUAUAGCCUGUAUGCUUCUUUUCCCUUGUUCUAUAUUCUGUACGAUAAGAGUUGUAUGAUGGCCGCGCAUUAGAUUAGCCUCACAUCAAAUAGAAUU